GAUAUGGUUAGCCAGCUAUGUUGUUAUAUGCAGUACGAGUGCCUUGCUAACGGAUUCACUCGACUUUGAAACCAGAGAGACAAAAUAUGCGAACGAAAACGAAUCCGGGAUCGUUGUAGACGAACUACGGAACACGUCUUGGGACUGCAUUGAGCGACUGAAAUCAAGAGAAAGGCAACGAGAGUUUUCUUCUUGGGUUAGAUAACCGUUAGCUGGCGCUAAGUUCGGGUUUACGCAAACCCCGGCCAUUUAGUCGGAAAGGGUAACGUUAAUGUUAUCGGGUCUUAUAUAAACACACUGAGCGAAGUGGACGUUUUUUUUCGAAAAUGAAGGACAUUCUUUCUGGACGAAAUGGGGACGACAGACAGUGACUAUUUGAAACGAUCAGGCUCACCGGGUGAAGUAGAAGAGCUCUACAUAAGCGAAUGUGUUGCGAAACAACAGCAUUCUAACGUUAGACCUUCAAGAAUACCAGUAAGGGUGCACCAGGAUAGGUUAGAUAAGUAAGUCAGCCGGUCCGAUAGAGAUAUAUUUUCAUGAUAUUACAUCUUGGUAUGUCACUCAGGACUGGUAAAGGAUAACGUUUCACAACUACAGCAACAAGGCUAUCGUUACCUGACGACUUCUUGGCGAAGCACCAUAGUUACGGAAGCGAUUACUGGCUAUAUCUGUUGGUUAUGAAACAUGUCUAGGGUAUUAAUCAGACAACAGUCACUAUAAUUGAGGUUUCUACAGUCUUGGUCUGCUCCACUUAAUUUGGGCUGUUCGGACAAUCUGACUUUUGUAAUGUUUAAGGGCAGGGCCUACUGUUGCGGUGGGUUCGUUUUAUAAUUUUAGUGGGACAGGGGAGGCGCUCUUCGUGUUAGCACGAAGCUUGUGUAACUGCUAGCCAGCUAGCUGUGUAAUUUAACCCACAUUUUGCUGCCAAUUACACAACGAUGGACGCGGGAAUACAAAACCACACGGAACAUUUCGUUCAUGACAUAUCGAACCCCAACGCAUUGGGUUUAUGUCCCGAAAUGCUUGAGGUUGCAGAGGAAGCGUGUCGGGCUGGAGACUUCGACCUUGCUGUGGAGAUCUACAGCUCUCAGCUGGCCGAUCUCCACCAGCCGGACCGGGGACUGUGUUUACGCAAAGCGGACGCAUUAGCUAGAGCUGGUCGGAUAGGGGACGCUCUGGACUCCUAUCGUGUAGCAGCAAACAUUCAGAGGCUUUUGCCUGAUGAACUCGGACUUUUGGUUGAAAGCAUUGCGAGGACUAUUCGCGGAAAGGAGUUGAGCGAUCCCAAAGCUGAGAGCGCAGCCAGCGGAAGACAGACGACUCACGAUUCAAAAACAAGUGGCAGGUCGAACAACGGGUGCACGGGCACUGACAAAGAUGGAUCGGAAGAAGAUGAAUGUUUGGACUUAUUUACUUGUAAACUUUGCAAGUGUCUGUUAUCCGAACCAACUACGCUAGAAUGUGGCCAUACCUUUUGCAAGCGGUGCCUGGAAGACACUGAAGCAAAAGAAUGCAGUAGUUGUCAUUCCCAAAUAAGCAAAACAUACGGCGAGAACCGUGUUCAUGGAUUUAAUGGAGUCAAUGUUGUACUCAGUAGUCUUUUGGACAAAUGGUUUGAAUCGGAAAGCAAAUCCAGACGACUUUGGUUGGAAGGAGACGGAAUGUGGAAGAAACAUGAUUUGGCCAACGCGUUGGAAAAGUUCAACAAAGCUGUGGAAAUAGCGCCCUCUAUCUGCAGGCUGCUGGGACGGCGUGCUGAAUUACACAUGGAAAUGAGGAAUUUCAGCCAAGCCAUCCAGGACGCAGACAGCGUGUGUCGACUGAAGCCCCACUGCCCCAAAGCCCACUAUACGAAGGCGAAGGCGCUGAGUGCGGCUGGACGGGCCGAGGAGGCGCUGCAGCAGUACUUCUACUGCGUGGCCCUCAAACCAGACUGGAGCGUGGUCAAGCUCGAGGCACAGAAGGUGCUGGGCGAGCUCUUCUCGUCGGUGUUUGAGGAGGAUGGUCUCGCUGCCCCGUUGCCCUCGCGGCAGAGUGGACCGUCGUCUCGCCUGAAGCCCUCGUCCCUGCUCAACUCCCUACCCCCUUCCUACUCCGCACCGGGGAGCUCCAAGGAUGCCAGUGGCAGCCUCUCUAAGGGCUGCGCGGACAGCCCGAGCGCCAGCUCCGCGGUGCCCAAUCCCGACGGCCUGUUCGAGAGCCCCAAGAGCCUGACGGCGGUGCUGUCCGCCCUGCCCGUGCCCUCCACCCUCAAGAGGAAGGGCUCCGUCGAGCUCAGCGCCGCGCCGCCCUGCAAACUCCACCGGCCCGCAGAUGGUCCCAGUUCAUCAGCAGCCCUGCAGGUGUUUCCAGGUGUGCGGCAGGUGCCCCUGAACCUCCUGGACAGCGGAGACUUCGAGUGCUCUCUGUGCAUGAGGCUGUUCUACGAGCCGGUCACCACCCCCUGUGGUCACACCUUCUGCCUCAAGUGUCUGGAGCGCUGCAUGGACCACAAUCCCAACUGCCCGCUCUGCAAAGAGAAUCUCUCUGAGUAUCUGGCCACUAGAGGGUACAGUAAGACCUUCCUGAUGCAGGAGGUGUUGCAGCGCUACCUGGUCGACGAGCUGGCCGAGAGGAAGAAAGUCCACGAGGAGGAGAUGAAGGAGCUCGCCAACUUGAACCAGGAAGUGCCCAUCUUCAUCUGCACCAUGGCGUUUCCCACAAUCCCCUGCCCUCUGCACGUGUUCGAGCCGCGCUACCGCCUCAUGAUCCGCCGCUCCAUGGAGACCGGCACCAAGCAGUUCGGCAUGUGCAUCGCAGACGACGUCAAAGGGUUUGCGGACUACGGCUGCAUGCUGGAGGUGAAGGACGUCAAGUUCUUCCCUGACGGACGCUCGGUGGUGGACACGGUGGGCGUGGCACGCUUCAAGGUGCUCAGCCACGGCCAGCGCGACGGAUACCACACCGCCAAGAUCGACUACCUGGAGGACAAGAAGGUGGAGGGCGAGGAGCUGGUGGAGCUGGUGAAGCUGCAUGACUCCGUGUACGAUCAGGCCCUGGCCUGGUUCACCUCCCUCAAGGACAACAUGAAGAGCCAGAUCCUCAGCCACUUCGGACACCUGCCCUCUAAAGACCCCGACCCACAGGGCAACCUGAGUGGGCCUGCGUGGUGCUGGUGGCUGCUGGCCGUGCUGCCGCUGGAGAACCGGGCCCAGCUGACCAUCCUGGCCAUGACCGCCCUCAAGGACCGCCUCAUCGCCAUCCGCAGGGUCCUCAUCUUCGUCACCCGCAAACGCCCGCGGUAACCUCUGACCCUCAGCCCACCCCCCCCGCCCCGCUCCUCUCCUCUCCGCUCCGCUCCUCUCCUCUCCGCUCCUCUCAUUGGCCCUGUCCAGGAGGAGCAGAGAGGGGUACCUCAGGUGGCAGGUCUGAGACCGGAACCCUCCGGAACCCUCCGGAACCCUCCGGGAACCCUCUGGACUCUUCCACAGUUCUGCCACUCCAGUUGCUGCUUCUUCUCUCCAAAUGACCAAAUGAGGGCUCCGCAGAGCGGCUCAGAGGAGCUCCUCUCCUGUCGUCCAGCUAACGCUGACCCUCGGAGGCGUCUCCGUAGGACUCCCGAGCGUUCCCAUGGCGACACGCAGCGCGCCCGCUCUCCCCGCGGGAGAAUGAAGUCAUGGCACCGUAGCAGCUGAAGUGAGCCUGUCGUCUGAGCCUGUGUCUGAGCGUGGCCCCGGUCACCUUGGUAACCUGGGAGCACCUCACCUCACCACCUUCUCUUCCUCUUCCUGUCACACACGCACACCCUGGCAGACCUGCACCGGCCCGUACCCAAGCUCCUCUAACGCACAACGGGGUGGCUCUUUCACUCUGACCGAGCAGCUGACCCCUGGAGACGGAGCAGUUGACCCCUGGAGACGGAGCAGUUGACCCCUGGAGACGGAGCAGUUGACCCCUGGAGACCGAGCAGUUGACCCCUGGAGACGGAGCUCUCCACCUCAACAGCUCUCGCUCUGCUGCAGUAGUGCGCCAGGAGGCCCUGUAGCCCUGGAACUGAACUGGGCCCCGAGCCUGAUCACGCGGACACACACACACACACACACACACACACACACACACACACACACACACACACACACACCCUCCCGGUUAGAGUAGCGGCCGUUGGGUUUGACGAGGCUCCUCGCACAUCACGGCAGCAUCUGUACAAGUGCACAGCGCCCUGGUAGUUCAUAGCCAAUCAAAACGCUUCCUUCUUCUCCUCAAUGACUUCACUCUCUUUCUCUGCAGCUUUAAUUGACAGUCUUAAAACAGGAAGUGAACUUGUGUUGACAACCACUCAUCGCCCAGCCCACUGGCUCUCAUUAUGGGAUGCCACAGGUGAGGAGUGGUCAUUUUGACCCGGUUGGACGGAGACCGCGCCUCUGCGCGGCGUACAUGCCAGAGAAAUGCUCUGAAUGUAACUGGACUUGGUUCUCUGUGGCUCAGUGCUUCACACACACGCACACACCUAUACGGUGCCGCCCAACACACCCGUUCUACACGUCUCAUUUUGGAAGAGCAAUGCUUUGUUGUCCUUCACUCUACAGUCGUCACUAGAGACCGAGCGGGUGUAAACUCCACGCCACUGAGAGAGAGAAAAAGAAUCAGAGGCCUUAACGUUAUGAUGACCUACCUUUUGAACUCGAGUACGUAGCAAACAUUCUUAAGCAUGGGGGCCCAAGCGUUCCCAUGCUGUGUCCACCCUUAAGUAAGAUUAGUGUCCGUUGAGUGGUUUUGUAAGUGCAGUCUUUCUCUGUAUGGACCCUGUGUGAGUCAGAGCUUUGUCAAUGCGUGGAAGUCACUUUCUUUUGUGUGUGUGUGUAUGUAUGUGUGUGUGUAAUUGAUAUAAAUGUAUGUGUACUGUAGUUUACGUAUAUGUCUGUUUUGGUUUGCCAGUUGUUUGUGAUUGGAUUGAUGUACAAUUGGAGGCCUUUUCUCUUUUCUUUGUUAAAUAUUUUUCUACCGUGUGCAUUUGUUUAUUCUGUUUGUGAUUGUGCACGAUUUAAUCUCUGUGUUCAUCAACCCUUGUGUGCUUAGGGAUGGUACACAAAUGUUCAUCAACCCUUGUGUGUUUAGGGAUGGUACACAAAUGCUGCAUUUUUUCAUCCAAGUUUGUACAUUUAAAAUAUGAUGAAAAUAAAGUUAUUUUGUAUUUGAG